GCGCGGGAGGUGGUGGACUUCUCCGCUGGCCUUACGGAUGUGAACAAGAUGCUUGCCGAGUUCUGGGCAGACGGACGUGACACCACGGCUCCUCCCGGGCACUGGUACAGGAUCGCGCUGGACGCAGCUGUCAACGAGGGACUCAGCGUUGUCGACACGGUCAAGGUGAUGUUCCUGGUGGGCAGCGCCCUCAACGACGCGGGCGUCGCCUCGUGGGAUGCCAAGAGGCACUACAACUUCGCCCGCCCCAUCACAAUGAUUCAGUGCGGCCUUGGCGGCGAGACCGUGGACUCCUGGGUGGGGCCCUACCUGGGCGUGGGCCAGGUGGCAGCUUCCCGAUGGCAGCCUUACCAGGCCGCCACAUUCGUCACGCCCGCCUUCCCGGGCUACGUCAGCGGCCAUUCCACCUUCAGCGCAGCUGCCUCUCGGGCUCUGCAGCUGUUCUUCAAUAACGAGGAAUACCGGGCGCCCAAGUGCCGCUUGAUUCGAGAGGGCCAGGGCCUGUACGAGAGGAGGAUCGAUGUCGGAGAGCCUGGUUUCGUCGACGGGCUCACAAACGUGCCCAACAACGGACCGCGGACGCCAGGCUACUCACCUGCAACAGACGUGGUGCUGUGCUGGGAGCGUUGGGAGGACGCCGGCCUGGAGUCGGGCGUCUCGCGGUUCCACGGUGGCAUCCACAUCAGGGCGGACCACGACUCUGGCGUCGUCAUGGGGUACCAAAUAGCCGAUUUGGCGUUCCAGCAAUCUGCGUCGCACUGGGGAUACAAGUAG